UGGAGCUCUAGUCACUGUACCACUUAGCUGCCCCCAGUCAUUUUCAAUUUUUCAGAAACUGUUGUGUUCAAUCUCUCAUAGCCACAGAACAACACCACUGGAAUACUGGGGUCAUUAAAGGAACCUUGCAAUUUCCUGAAGGUAAAUUCACACACAUUGUGAUGAAAAGCUCCAUCUAAACUGCACAUUAUAAUCUGAGCAAUAGACAAUCUUUAAUCACUUGAUAUUCCUGUGUGGAUGGGGAUGGUCAAGCCAGACUCUUCGGAGAUCUCUACCAGGAGGCGCUGCAACAUUCAAGGACAUCAGUGCACAAAGUAUCCACCAAACUACAGGGAAUCUUCUUCAACCUGGACAUCUUUGGUCCCUCCUCAGAAGUGUUUGCUUCUGAUUUUGAUCCCACUGCCUUACAAGACUAGCCCAGUCCUGAGUGACUCACCUCUCUUUUCUUGGAGCUGUAGGAGCCCUUAUUAAACUAAGUGGACUACUCAUUGAGCCCUGGUCAUAUUCGUCAGUAAACAAGCAUUUGCUUUUCCAGUGAGCCCCACAGGCAUUGUGCAAGGCUGGAGAUACAAAGACACCUGUGCCCUGUAGGGGAGACAAUAUGUAUACAUGUUGGAAAACACAAAUUAGAUACAAAAUAAUACAGGGGAUUCUAACGGGGGAGGGCACUAGCAGUGCAGCGAUCAGCCAAGGCUUUGCAGGGCUCUCAAGCUGAGUGUUGAAGGAGCUGAGAAAUUCCAAGAAACAGGUGAAGAGAGGGAGUGCAUUCCAACCAUGGCAGACAGCCAGUGCAAAGGAGGUAGGAGAGAACCACUGGGAAGGGAAGUAAUGUAGAAUAAGGCUAGAGAAAUAGGCCAGGGGUCCGAAGGGCUCCAAGUGCCAAACAGGAGCCUAGAGGUGAUCCUGGAGGUCAUAGAGAGCCUCUGGAGUUUGAGAAUUCCCUGGUCCAGAAAUCACUCAGAGAACUGUGUCAAAGACCAACUGGAGUGGGGGCAGGGAAAGCCGAUAGACAGGCUAUUGCAGUAGUCUACACCAAAGGAGAGCAAGCCAAGUGGUAUUUCUACGUAGAAAGAUCUUCCUUCGGCCUCUCCACUCCCAGGCCAGGGCUCAUAUGCUAGGCCCUCCAAACACAUUUGGGCUGGUGGCCUGCACUACAGGGUCCUCGAUUUAGAUGGAGGACUUCAAUCUGUGGAGGGAUUAUCUGGGACUCGCCAGUGUGGUGGGGGCUCUCAGGGAAGAAAAGCUGGAGCCCCAGGGGGUAGGGACAGAGCCUGGCCCAGGCCCUGGCCCCAGCCUAAGGCAGGACCUCCUGCCCCCCAAGGAUCCCCUUUGCACCUUUUGCAAGCACAAUGGGGAGUCUCGAAACAUCUACUUGUCCCACACACUGAAGGACGAGGAAGGCCGGGUGGUGUGCCCCAUCCUGAGAAAAUAUGUGUGCCCACAGUGCAGAGCCACCCAAGACAAUGCCCACACCAAGCGCUUCUGCCCGCUCACCAGCAAGGGCUACAUGUCUGUGUACAGCUACACGGCCCGUAAUUCGGCUGGCAAACGGGCUACGCUUCAGUGGCCAUCAGAGGAAGCGAACCUGGCCAAGGCCAGGGCCAAGAGGCUUCCGGCAGUGCCAGAAGGAAAAACUUCCACCCAGCCUCAGGAUGAAAGCAGCGCAGGCCGUGGCACAGGGUCAAAAGCCUCCAGGACUGCUUUUGUCACUCUGAAACCAUGAAUUUCAGCUUCUGCCUAAGAGGACUUUGGGGACCCAGAAACCUGCUUUGCCUAAGCCAAGUCGACUACUGACAGAAAGGAUUAGUGUGAGAGAGGGGAAGGAAGAGCAACAUUCCAGGACGCCUUGGGGUCUCUCUCUCCAGCACCCAGCCCAGCUACAUCUUCCUGGACUCUGAGCAGCUCCUCACUGCCCCGUUCCUUCCUACCAGGUCUGGCUGCCAUAAAAUCGCCUGACCCACGGCCUGGCCUGUGUUGGGCCUCUUGACUCUCCUGGUCCCUGGCCUCAUCCCCUAAAAUGACUUGCCUUAGGACUCGCAGAUCUUCAUGGUACAGGGAGACAGAGCUAAGCCUGGGGAAGGAGAGGCGACAGGCUUGUGAGAUGAAAGUCCUGCCUGGGAAGUGACCUCAACUAACUGGACUGGGGAUUCUGUCAUUUCCCUUUUCUAGUACCUAAUGACUGGUAUGCAGGUUUGGCUCGCUUGAUUAUACAGCUGACAAAACACAAGGAGACUUGUAUGUUAUCAUGCUAUAAAGGCGUACUGGGAAGCCUGCAGAAUGGCUCUUCCAUACACAAUUCUUGGGUUUCUUUUCCACACCUUUGUCAGGGUUCAAGUCCUCCCACACUGUUACUGGUGAAUUGCUUUCUAAAUAAAGAAAAAAGCCAUAUUCCACCAGUUUGUC